AUGCGUAAUUCUAUUGACAACCCCCCAAAGAGCGAGAAACCAGGGUUUCGCGAGAAAGCCCACUCACAAAACACCUUAGCGAGAAACCAGGGUUUCACGAGAAAGCCCACUCACAAACACUUUGUAGGUUUCUGCUCCUCCGGCCAGUGCGCCGGCGGGGUCAGCAUCUCGCUGGCCACGGAGAGCGAAGAGGAGGAGUAUUGCUGUCGCCAUGCCACGUCGCUGUCUGCGGGUGACUUGCAGAUGACGACCUCCGAUUUCUGCGUCUUCAUCGCGUAUGAACGGCCCACUGUGCGCAAAGCGUUGACCACGACUUUCCAGGGGUUUCUCACUUUUUGGAGGUGCCCCAAUAGAAUUGCCCGUGGUCAAGCCCCGGACCCUGGAAUGGAUCAUACGGCAGAGGACGCAAAGUGGACGUGA